AUGGCCGUUCCAUUAUUUUCAUUACAAUUAAGACAUAGUAUUCUACCAAGUUUAGUAACAAUAGGUAAAUAUGAUGGUUCACAUCAUUGUUUAACAGCGGCAACUUCCGAAAAUAAAGUAAGUUUAAUUUAGUGUAGGUAUGUGACUUUUUUCAAUUGAAAGAAUAUCAUGGCCGGUAAAACCUUUAGCAUAAAUUAUAUCUUAAUUGAGUUGGUCUGAACUGAAGUCCCGUGUAUUAAUUUGUUUCAGACUAAAUAUUUUUUUAAAUUUAAAAUUUGAAAAUAUAUCAUAAUUAAAACAUUAAAAUAAAAAUAAAUAUUAUAAUUAAUUAAUAAUAUUCUAAAUAUAAGUAUUAAAUUCAGGUAUAGAUAUUAUUUUAUUAUACAAUAAUUACUAUAUUGCAUUAUAACGUUUGUACCUUUUACAUUUUUGAAUCAUUUAGUUAUAUUUUUUUCUAAGUAGUUGAUAUAUCUACUGUUAGCUAGGCAAUUUAAUUUUUUUUUUAAAUGUAUUUAAUAUAAUUUUAAAGAACUCCUGGGUUUUUCGGUAUCACUAUGGUACAUUCAAUCGAUUAUGCUAUUUAAUAAAAUAAAUGAUAUCCAAACCCAAAUAGGUGAUACUCAUAAAUAUAUACAAAAACCUAUUACAAAGUUUUAUCAUUAGGACUAUAAGAUUCUGUUGUUCAAUUAGUUCAAUUUUUUGUUGUUGCUCUUCAUGUCUCUCAAUUGGUCUUUAAUUCUUUUUGACAUUAGUAUUUUUAGAGGUGUUUCUCAUCAUCCAAGUACUUUAUUAUUUCGUAAUAUUUUUGUCUCCUCACACAUCCUUUGAUUAUUAUUAUUAUUAUUAUCCUUUUCUGAAUUGAAAAAAUGUCCACGAUAUAAAUGAUAUUGAUUUAUUUUAUUGUUAUAGAUUUUAAUUCAUAGUCCACACAGACCGGAGAAGGACAUAUCUUAUUUGAAUAUCAGUCAAAAAAUCACGGCUUUAUUUGCAGGAAAAGCUAUACCAAAUGAUGAUAAAGAUAUACUUGUAGUUGGCACUGUUGGUAGCAUAUUGGUCUAUAAUGUAGAUCUCAACAGUGAUUUAUUCUAUAAAGAAGUGAGUGGUUAUUGCUUAAUAUUUAUCAAAUGACAAUAUUAAAUAUAAUAUUGCAAAACAAAACUAAAACAUAAUGAUUUAUUAAAAUUAUGAACAUAUACCCAUUGAAUUUCUCCAGAGAUAAUAAUCAAAUUUUGUUUUUAUAUUAUUCACAAGGAUGUAGACUACAGAUAUUUAUAUUUCAAAGAUUUUUUUUUUAGAAAAAGUUUAAAACAACUAUAUUUUCUGGAAAUUUUAAUGUAUCACACGUUUAUAUCCUAUAAAUAGUUUCUAAAUAACAGCCGUUUUAAAUUCUACUAAUCCGUGUGAUAACCGAUGUUAUCCACUUUCUAGGGAAUAACCAAGGUUAUGAAUAAUCGAUAAAAUCAAGGUGGAUUAAAAUUAAUAUUCAUCCACCUUGGGUAAAAUAGGUUUAAAAUAAACUCAAUUGGUGAGAGCAAGGAGGUGAUGUUAUAGUUAUAAAUGCUGUGUUAGGCACGCCAAUAGAUUAUCAACUAUUUGUUGAAAAUUGGGAGACUAAUUAAAUUAUAAUUUUUUUUUAGCAGCUUAUCAUUUUUCCAAUUAGCUGGACUUUUAGUAAUAUUUAUCUUAAUUGUGCUGCCCGAAGAUGAUAUAACAAAAGCACUAAUUAGAUAAUAUUACGAAAUGUGUGAUUACACAAAAAUAGUAGACUAAAUCUAUUAAUUUUAUUUAUAAUUGUAUUGUUUUAUAGAUUUAAAAUAUGUUCAAAAAUAAAUUUUAAAUGUGUCAAUAUAAACUUUAGUUAUAUAAUAUUUAAACAUUUGAAACACGUUCUAAAUAUUUAUUCCACAACCAUUCUUUGUAUAAUUUGGCAGCUUCUGCAGGAUUUUCAUCUUGAUAAAUGCCUCUUCCAACUACUGCAAUAUCAACACCUUGUGUUAAAAUAACAUCACCAGGAUUUUGAUAUUUUUGUCCAAGAUUAUCAUUGCAUUUUUUCAUAUUAACACCUGGUGUAAGUUGUAGUAAACUCGGUGAUGAAAUAACAUCAUAUGAUUGGCAUACAAGACCAACCACAAUAUCAUUAUACUCUUCAGCUAUUUUCAUAGUUUCUAGAAACGUUCAAUGUUUAUUUGUAAACAAUAAUAAUACAUUUUUACUAACUCACCUUUAGUAUAUUGUUGUGAUAUUAAAUUUCCACUGCAACUUAAUUGAGCAACAAUAAAUACACCUCUAUUGUUUAUAAAAUCUUCAUUUUCAUUAAUCACCUCUUGAAUGCCAUUUAACAUCAUUCUACCAGAAAUACUAUGUAUUGUUAUUAGAUCUGCCCAAUUUAUUAACUUCUUGUAUUGUAAUUUGACAGUAUUUCCAAUAUCCGCCAUUUUUCUGUAUUCAUAAUAUGUAAUAGGUUUAUAUUUCAAACUUAUAUAAUUAAUUUUCAUUACCUGUCUUCCAUUAUAAGGAAGUUGUAUUUUUGUGCCAAAGAUUUUAAAUUAUUAAUAGUAGUUUCUGUGACACCAUCGACAGCAUCAAUAUGAGUUUUAAGGAUACAAAUGAAUGGUGCUACUUGUUCAGUUAUAUCCAGAAGUUUGUCAGCAGUAUCAACAUCAAUAGCUACACAUAAGUUACUUUUCUUUUCUAGAGAUAAUUGAAAAAUUUUCUGGGCUAUUUUAGAUGUUUCUUUUAAUUCGGCCCUUUCUUUAAAUCCAAGUUUUGUUCUUAAUAGCUUUUCUACAUAAAGAAAAUAAAGAGAUCCAAAAAUAUAAGAAAAAAUACAUAAUUUUUACUUCAAUCAAUUGGUAUAAAAUAUAAUUAGCUAAAUGUUUACCACAAUCCACUAGUUGAACUUGAUUAUUUUUUAUGUAAUCUAUAACACUUUGAUACAUUUCUUCGCUCAAUUUUCCUUCUUCUUUGAGUAUAGUCACAACCUAAAAAUAUCUUAUUUUAUAAAAAAUACAUAAACAUAAAACAAAAUUAUAUGUAUUAAAUAAAUAUAUAUUUUUUGCAAUUUAAUUUAAUUGUAAAAAAGUUCAAAUUAAUACCGUGAUAUAUGGUAUAAGUUUGGACUAAAUAUUUUUUUAAUAUCUUUGUUAAUUUUUCAAUAGCAUACCAAGGGAAAUAUGGAAAAACAUAAUCACGCAAGGAAAUACUAUGAUACACAUGUGGAAAUGAAAAUUGUGUUUCAACACAUUAAACUUUCAAAUUUAAAUCAUUUUGUAGUAAGCGUAGUAUUAUUGCAGAAUAUUAUCUAAAUCUUUUCCAUUUAGAUAAUAUUCUGCAAUGAUUGUAUGUAGGCCAAAUAAAAAAAAAAAUUGAAAAAGAUAAGUUUGACAUAUUUCAUAUUUCUGGGUAUUGAAAAUAUAGAACAUCAAUGAACUAUUUACUUUAAAAACUUUUGAUUUAUUAAUAUUUAUUUGUGUUGAUAUAAGGAAACAUUUUAUUUUAUUUUUCAUAAGAAAAUGUUGUAUAAUAUUGUUUUAUUAUACUAUACCUAUUUUAUAUUUUAAUAAAUAAAUUCUUUUUUUUAAUUACAACAUAUUAUAAUGGCCAAACCUAACCUUUACUUUUCAAAAUUUGUCCUAUCAUAUGAAUAACACGUAAAAUAAAUGGAGUGUCAAAGUUAUGACAAAUAAGGGGUAACUUCGGACAGCUAUAUAUAUGCAUUUUAAGUUAGUAAAAACAUUUUUAAAAAUCUUUUUCUUAUAGUGUAUUAGGAGUAUUAACAUCUAAAAAUUGCCAUCAAAAUAAUUUAAAUUAAGCUAUAAAUUAAUUUUUUAUGAAUGAAAUAGCUUAAAAAUCAUCCAAACUUAUGCCAUAUGAUGGUACACAUAUAUAUAUAUAUAUAUAAUUUACCUGUGUGACGUUAAAUAUACUUUUGAUUUUUAGUCCUUUAUUAUUUAACCUCUGAAUACCUCCUUGUUGUCUGUCUAUUAAAACAAUAAUAUUUGAUACGUUUAAAUUGCUUUUUUCUAAAUCCUAAAAAUGUAAAUAUAUAUAUACAAAUAUGUUGACUUAGAAAAUUUUUUUUUUUUUAUUAAAUUAAAUUGUAGUGUGAAUUGAGUAUGAAGAAUUAUAGAUAGGCAAUUUAUCACCCUUUCCUACUCCUCUGGUCUAAAUUUAAAACUGUUAUAACUCAUAAACGGUAAAUCUGAUAUUAGUGUUAUGCAUAUCAAAAUGUCUAGAAUAAUAUUCUUUAUUCAAAUCUGUGUUUAAAGGAGUUUCUAUUUGAAAAUCAAAAGUAUAAACUUACUUAAGGUAUACGGUGUAAGGGUAAAAAAUUUAAAAUGGUUUUAAAAUAAAGCUUAAACAAUUCUAUAAUAAUUAGAAAAAAUAGAAAUCAAAUUCACUCAAAAUCCUCUGGGAUAAUUGCUGGUUCAUGAUAAAAUAAUCCCCUGUAUAGUUAAUUUUACUACACAUAGUAUUUUAAUUUUGAUUCUGUUGUUUAUUUGUAUUAGAUUGUAGAAAACUAUUAUAAAGAGAGCAUACCAAAUAAUUAAAAGGGUAUCCAAUGACCAUAUUAAUUUAUUAAUACUGACUAAAAUAAUAUACAGAAUGUCUUCUUUUAUUUUUCAAUCAUUAUGCAAUUUAUUUAGUCAAAUGAUUUAUUUUAAAGCCUUUUUUUUAAUAUUUAGCUUUCACUUUUAUACCUUAAAUAACUAUAUACUUUCUAAAUUUGAAUGCCCUUUUUAAACACAUUUGAAUCGAGAAUUUUUUUUAUGGACUUUAUGUAUAGUACCUACUAAAAUUGUAUUUACUGUUUGAGUUAUAAGAGUUUAAACUUGGACUGGUGAAGAAGAGAAAUUUAUCAUAUAAAAUUUAUAUGAAGUUUAUUGCCUCUUAUUUAGAGUCUAAAUAUGAUUAUUAAAAUUAUGUGUUAUGCACAUAAAUGUAUAAAAAAAUAUUUUCUAUCCAAACAUGUGUUUGAAAAUUAAAAUAUUAAUUCAUUUGUGCCUAGUGCUAAUGUUGUUUUUCCCACAAAAAUACACUACAGAAAUAAUGAUACUCUUCAGUAUUUCAGUAUUCGAGUCUUUAAAAGUAGAUAAUUUUAACCUUUUUUUUCUAUUGUAUAAUGUUGUUAAACAAAAAAAUAUUGAUGGAGCUAUCACUAUUUUCGUGGAGUCAUUCCGUCUAAAUGGAUAUUCAAUCAUUUUUCAAAAUUCUUUAAGGUGGUAAUUGAAAUAUUAAAAAUUAUUUUUAGAAGUAAAAAUUGAAAAUAGUAUCAAGCUUCAACAAUUCCAUUUUCAACUGAUUGAAAAAAUAAACAAAAAUUAAACUCUCUUAAAAUCCCACAAAAAAAAUGAUGGUUCAUGAUAAUUGGAUCAACCUGUUUUUGGUGUAUUUAUUUGAGUUUUUUUUAAUGUACAUACUUAUUUUAAUUUUGAAGUACUACCUACGAAAAGAUUUAUCAAAUUUUAAACAGAAACAAGUACUUAUUAUGGUAUUUGAUAAAUUGUCUAGUAUCUACUUUACUUUACAAAUUGAAAAAUAUAUUGAAAAGGAUACAAGUUAAAAUAGUCAGGAAUAAUUCAACCAGAAAAUCUCAAUAAGGAAUUAGUUUUUAAACAAAAAUUGAGACUAUUAAUUAACAAAAGGAAUAUAAUUAGGUGCCUAAUUUAUUUUAUUAUUAUUGACUUGUUAAAUGUCAAUCUUAGUUUUGAUACUCACAAAUACUGUCUCUAAAAUACUUUCACCGCUUGAAAUGACAUCUUCAAUAAUAAUUACAUUAUCACCACAAAAAUAUUCACCAUCAAUUAGUUUUUUUGUACCAUAUGUUUUUUGUUCUUUUCUGCGAAUUAACAUUGGUAAAUUUGUUUCUACAGAAACAACAGCAGCUAUUGGUAAAGCCGUGUAAGGUACACCACAUAAUCGCACUGUACUUUUGGAAAUAUCAUCUUCGUAAAUAGUUGUAGAAACUAGACUACAAAUUUGUUUCUACAAAUAAAUAGUUAAACAAUUAUACAAGAAAGUAAAAAUUUAAAAUAAAAUAUAUAUACAAACAAGUAAUUUUGGAUAUGACACAAUCAAUCUGAUAUCUAGAUAGUAGCAUGAAGAUAUACCAGAUUUUAAUGUAAAGGUUCCAAAUUUUAUUGCUUGAAUUUUAUAUAACUCUAAUAUUAAAGAACGUUGAUCAUCAGUCAUGUUUAAAAUUCGAGAUUCAUAAACGUGUUAAACUGGAAUUAGAUUGAAGAUUUUCAGUACUAAAUAUUUUUUAAAUUUAAAGGAAUAGAAAAAAAAAAGUAGUGUUCAAACAAUUUCGAAGGAAAUAAAAAUUAAUUUCAAAUUCACAAUUAAACCACAAAAUAAUAGUCAAGUGUAGUAACGUAGAUAAAAAAAACUUAGGUGAUCCAAAUCGGACAGUUAAAUAAAACUAUGUAAGAUCAACAUGUGGAAAAAUAUCACAUGAGAUUAAGUUAUGAUGCCGAAUAAUAUGAUGAAACACGUAAAUAUUUUCAACGUGGAUUUUGUGUUUUAUCUACAACCGUGGUUCUUAUAUUCUUAUCUAAUUGUAUUAUCUGCCUUAUAUUUCAUGGCACAGGCAAGGCUAAAAUACCCACUAUAAAAAUAAAAUAAAAACGCCUAGGGUACAUUUAACGAAUAUAUCUGUAGUUAUUAGCCGCCAUUUAACUGAAUAUUAGAGAUUAUGAUAAAAUUAUAUGAAGUUAAUGAUAUUCGGUUAAGUAUUAAUCUAAUCAUUAAUAAAAUUAAUUACAUUCAUUGUUAAUUAUGAAAUACUGUCUCUGACUAUUUCAUAAUAAUACGUUUAUAAAAACCUAAUUAUUCACAAUCAAAUUUAAAUGAUAAAAGUGGGUUUGAAUUUCACCAUGUUGUUGCAAAAUUAUAUGCGUGACUAGACUUUAUCCGUAGUAGCAACCUAGCUAAUGAUCGGCGCCACUUAAUAAACCAAAAAAUCCCCCUUUAAAUAGAGGGAGAAGGUUAGUCCCUUCCCCCACUUAAAUAUGUAUAUAAUUUAAAAAAUACUGUGUUAUCUAUUUAAAAUUAAUAAUGUACAAUAUUUUCAGUACCUUUAAAUUUAACAACAAAAAUAUUCAGGACUGGAUUACACCACCAUAUAGUUAAGUAAUUAACAAAAUAUAUGAAUAUGAUAUGUUAGUAUAUAGAAUAACAAAAAUGAUAGACUGAUAAAGAAUAAAGGAACGUAUUUAAAGAUUUAAACACCACCACAAACCACCUAAAUGAAGCAGACAUACAAUUUACAACAGGCCAUUAAUAUCAAGGAUUUAUUUUUUGGAAAUGUCAACUUUUAAUCCUCGCCUUUUUUUGUAGGCAGAAAUACUCCUAGUGUUGUAGUUUAGUAUUGUAUUAUAGAAUUCACAUAUGUGUGCCGAGUGUGCCUGGGCACUUCCCGAAAAUUGUAUAUAAAAAUUAAACUAAAGUCUAUUCAGAUAUAUGUAAUAAUGUAUAAUUGAACCUUUAUUUUUAAGAUAUGUAUUCUAUAGUUACUUUGGUCAACAUAAAGUUUAUGUUGUUGAUAUUUAAUAUGUGAUAACUGAUACAUUUAUACUCGUUAUUGUUAUUAUUUUUCUCUGUUUACUAAGGAUUGAGUCUGUUGUAGUAGUUCUUAGAGAAGAAUGAAGAAUGAAGAUUAUCAACAAAAUGGUUACAUACACUUUUUUGGAGUGUAUGAUAAUUAAUUGAUUAAUAUAAUUAUGAAAACUAAUUUAAAGACAGUGUAUAAAUUUAAUUAUUAUUUUGUAUUAUCUAGUACUGAAAAGUAAUAAAAGUUCAUUGGGUGGGAGGUUUUCUCCCUCCCAUUCACUUCAUUAGCUAAUUUUUCUAGGGCACGACCCGAACUAUAAAUUUUUUGAAAUAAUAAAUGAUCGAAUUCUCAUAGAUGUGCGCAGAUUUUAAGUUCUGCGCAAAAAUCUAAAAUCUGCGCACAUCUAUGAGAAUUCGGUCAUUUAUUAUUUUAAAAAGUUUAUUUCUGUAAUACAAAAUAGGCCAAGAAAUUCGAAAAUUCGACUCUAUAAUAAAAAUGUAUAACUCAGCUGUUUACGGCCGUUUUUAUUUUAGCGAAAUGACGAAAGAUUAAACCUACCAACGAUUGUAACAUCAUUAUAUCUAUUCUGACGGGUAGCACUAACACAAAAUAGAUAAAAUAACAAUGUUUAUAAUAGAAUAAUUUUAAUAUAAUGUUUACAUUUUAUGUAAAUAUUCAUUGUAACAAACUAAUUUAACUAGAUUCUAGGAAAAACGAUAAAAUGAAUGGUAAAAUAACAAUUGGUAUAUGCUAUAAAAAAAAAAACGAGAUUGCGGACAUUAUCAUAAAAUAUUAUUUCUCUUCUCCUCCCUCGAUUUAUUUAAGUCAAGACAAGUAAUAAGAAAUGUUAGUUUUAUGUAAAUAUUUAUGAUAAAUACAUUUUUUUUUUUUCUAAUCGUCGGUCAUUUAUCUUUAUGUCAUUAGAUGUUUCGUUCUAACAGUAUUUUUAAACAUGUAUAGGUAAUCUAGUAGAUAGGUACAAAAUAUAGCUUAAAUAAAAGAAAAAAAAGAGCUGAUAUUGGGGAUACUGUUGUAAGUGGAAAGUUGGGACGAUAGGAUAGGUACUUAAGUUAUUUAAUGUACAUCGAAAAAAGAUCUUAAUAUUUAUGAUUUUCGUCAAAAUUUGUUAUUAUAACUCUUAUUACUUAUUGAAUACUACAUUACACUUAAUAUAUAUAUAUUUUUUUUUUAAUGUGACUAAAAAGUAUUAUGACUUAUAAUAAACCCCUCAUAUUAAAUUUUCAAAAAAUUUUGUUUUAGUCUAACAAUUGUAUCCACUGAGUACCUACCAAAUAAAAAUUAAGUGAGUAAUUCACAUAAUUAAAAUAUCUAUAAAUAGUUCAAAAAUCUCUCAAAUGUUUUGACAAUUUUAUCAGAUCUAGAAAAAGCAAAUAUAAAUUUCCUGCUAAAAUCUCAAGUCUCUACAAAUAUUUUAAUCUGAAUUAUAACAAAAAAACAAAAUUUAAAAUAAUAAAAACAAUAUUUUUGUAAAUUUUCCCUUCUCAGGAGUUUCUUAUGUGAACACUCAUUGUUUUUUUCUUUUUCGCUGCCCUUUGUUCGUAUUAUAUAUAUUCUACUAAUUUACUUAUUUGUACUUUUUAAAUUUACCGUUCUUCUAAAUUAUUUUUGGUUUUGCUCAAUUAUAAAAAAAAAACUGCAGGGAAAAUCAAAACACGAUUUUCUUUCUCGCAUUAAAAAUGCAACGAAACAGGUUUUUCGUUGGAGAUUUUUCUAUUGGAGUAAUAUUAUUUGUAGAAAACAAGCCACAAAAAUUUAAAAUAAAGAAAUCUUGAAAUUCUACCGUCGUUAAUUUAUCAAUUUUGCAUUUUUCGUCCUUUUCCAGGUUUCCCAAUUAUGAAAACUACUUGAAAAAUCUAAAAACGAUAUUUUGCGUGAAAAUUUUAAAGCAAUAUUUCUGGUAAAAUAAAAAUUAAAAACAAUGUAAACGGUAACACGGCGGCGCGUUGUACAUAAUAAUUACCGUUUUACCUAUAAUUUUCUUUCGGGUUUUCCCAAUUAUUCUGAAAACUCCUUGGAAAACCAAAAAAUUAUCAUUUUUUAAUGCAUCGACUAGGCAAAAUUUACUUUCAACAAAGACAAAACGCUCUGUACAUUUCGACUUCGGAUCAAUAUUUGUAGUAGUAAAGUUGUUUACAGUUGCACUAAAUCAAUAGAUCUCUAGAUUUUCUCAGAAUCUAAAAAAAAUUUUAAUAUAAUUAAAAGCUAAUAAUAAGUAUGUUUGUAUAUUAUAUUAUUUACAAUAAACUAGUAGGUUAAUAAUAGAGGUAAGUAUUUUUAUAUUAAUGAAAUGAAGUUAUACAAGACAAAAUGUUAUUUUAUUGUAUAUAAUGACAAUCAGUGGCGUGCCUAGUUAUUUUAAAUGAAAGGAGAUACAGCAAAUAAAAAUCGUAAAUAAAUUAUAAAAUCAUCUUCUCUAAACCCAACUUGAGGAGAUAUGGGAAUUUGUGAAAUUAUUUAAAACCUAUACCAUUUUCUAUAGGACUUAAUACGUUUAUUUUGUGCUGGACUAGCGGGCAAUUGAAAUGAGUUCGUAUAGUUAUAGAUUUUACUUUUUUCAAUUUUACAGUAUAUACCUAGUUAUGUGCAUUUAAAUUAUUAGUUUUACCUAUUACUUUUAUAAUUUAUGUCAUGGAUUUUCAGAUACCUGACGGUGUUGCAGCAAUCACUAUUGGAAAACUUAAUUCUAUGAAAGAUCCAUCAAUUAUUAUUGGUGGUAAUUGUUCUAUUCAAGCAUUUGAUUAUAAAGGUAAUGAAAUCUUAUGGACAGUUACUGGUGACAAUGUUAGAUCUAUUUUAGUUAUGGAUUUAGAUCUUGAUGGUUCUAAUGAGGUAAGAACUCAUUUGUUAAAUAUUUUUAUUUUAUUUUAAAAAACAAUAAGAAAAUUUGUUUGGUUUAAUUUUAGUUACUUGUUGGUUCUGACGAUUAUGAAAUCAGGGAAUUUAAAGAUGAUAUAAUUGUGAAUGAAAUAUCUGAAACUUCAUCAAUCUGUGCAUUAAAUAGUUUUUCUGUUGGAAGAUUUGCAUAUGCAUUAGAUAAUGGAACUGUUGGUGUAUAUGAUAAAUUUCGGAGAGUAUGGAGAGUUAAGGUAAAAAUAAUAAUUUCUUGUCAUAUUUACUAUGCAUGUUUUAAUAUAGCCUUUAAUACACCUUUAAUACUCGUAAUUUAUUAUACAAAUUAUUAACUGUUUGUCUUUUUGUAAGUUUAUUUAAACUUAUCAUUGACAUUACCUAUGAUAAAAUAUAAUAAAAGGAAGGAGGCCAUAAUAUCAAAAUGUAUAUUAUACUCAAAUACUCUAUUUGUAAUGUUCUAUAAACCUGCUGUAACAUUUUUGCUAUAAACAUUUUUAAUGUCAGGCAGUGGCGACACCAGAACUUUUUAUUCAGAUGGGCUAGUUUGAGGCCAAUGAUUUUUAGAUUAAGCAGAAUUAUAUGUUAUUUUUACACUCAAGUGUCCCCUACAAAAAAAAAAAUAGGUAAAAUAUCUCCCCCCUCGUAAUUUGAUUGUAAAAACUGUUCUUUGAAUGAGACAACUCUAUUCUUUCUGCACCUAUUUAUAAUAAAAUUACUAAUAGUUUACAGUACAUUAAGAAUAAUUUUAUCUGUGUCUUAUUAGCAUGUUCUAUUUUUUCUUUUUUUAAACCUAAAAUAACCGAAAGUUUACAAAUCAAUAACUUUAAUUGUACUUAUAUAUUAACAAAAAAAAGUAGAUUUUUAUAAGAAAAAUGUAAAAUGAAGAUUUUAUUACAUUUUCUUUCAUUUUUGAGAUGCCAAAUAUUUAUAUAAACUAAAAACUAAAAAAACUCGAUAUUUUCAAAUUGUUCAGAUUGUUUAAAACAUGUGUUUAUCACAUCUAUAAAAACAUAUUAAAUUUAUUCAAUGAAUAAUUCAGGUUUAUUUAAAUAUUGCUAUCUGAAUUUCUAUAAAAAAUCAAAAUUGAAAACAACAGAAAUCAUUGAAAAUGAAACUAUCCAUUUCCUCAUUAUUAUCAAGAAAACUACAUAGAAAAUCAAAAAAUUACUAUUAUUAUUAUUACCCGUCAAAUAUAAUUUAAUAAUUAUUUAUUGUGUAUAAAAACAUUUUUAGUCAAAAAGUACAGUGAAUUUCCUAGAAAAAUAUGAUUUAGAUGGAGAUGGAAAAGAUGAAUUAAUAACUGGAUGGUCAAAUGGAAAGAUAGAUGCACGUAAUUCUAUGACUGGGGAAGUCAUUUUUAGAGAUGUAUUAUCUACUAGCAUAGCUGGCAUAGUUAUAGGAGACUACAGAAGAGCUGGAAAAUCUCAAAUGAUUGUUGUUUCAGUUAAUGGUGAAGGUAUUAAAUAAAAAAUAAUUAAGUCAUUAAAUUAAUAGUUAAAUAAAUAUUCCAAAAAUAUUUGUUUUUUUAAGUCAGGGGGUAUGAUAAUACAAGUUUAAAAAUCGAAUCUGGUGUUCAAACCAAUGUUAUUCAUGAUCUUUUGCAAAAGAGACAGAUACUCACGGCAGAAUUAAAUAAUUACACAAAAGCUUCGAAUGAAGGCCAUGGCAUUCCAGUAAGAUUAUGUUUUUGUUACAUAAAGUAUUAAGUAUUAAGAAAUUAAAAUAAUUAUCAAAUUAAUAUUUAAUAUUUUUAAACAAAAUUUUAGGGAGACACACGGCUCAUCACAGAAAUAUCAGUUUCUGAAGAAACCACUGCAAGUUUAUUAUUAAAGUGUUGUUGUUCAAUGUAAAUUUAAUUAUAAAAUAAAUAUAUAUACACAUUUUUUUUUUUUUCAGGAACCAUGUGUAUUACUUACAUUAUCCACUAACAAUUCAACCAUUUUAAAAGCGGUUACUGUAUUUGCUGAAGGAAUUUUUGAAGAUGAAACUCAUGUUGUACAUCCCAAACGAGAGAAUAUUUCUUCCAUAUUAAAAAUUUCUUUAUUGCCUCCAAAAGAUAUAUUACUGGACAUCCACAUUCGAGUAAAUUUCCUCUAUGGGUUUUUCAUAUUCAUCUAAAUUAGUAGUUAUUACCUACCACUUAAAAUCUAUUCACACAUAUUUGAUCCAUAUUCAAUAUCAGUAUCAUUCGAUUUUCUCAUGUUUGUUUUAUACCAACUCUGCAGUUCUGUAUUGGCAAUAGGUACGCCUUUGUAUAUGGUUUAAGUGUUGUUCUUUUAAGGAUGUAUUUCAACCUUUCAGACAAAGGUGUCUGAAUUUCAAAUGCUGUCUUUGAAAGCAUACACCAUGUAUUUUUGAUGUGAUAAGUCAUACAUUUCUAUGUGACAGUCUCAAUAAGUUUUUCAUUAGUACCUACUCAUGAUAUAAAAUAAUGAAAAAUAUAUUAUUAUAUUUAAUAGACAUGAAUUCGACAAUAAUACUACAAAUAUGAUCAAUACACCAAGUUUAGACUGUUGUCUGUCAUUAAAUACUAAAAACAAAGUAUUGUAUCUCAAAAACUAUUCUCCAUCAGUAAAAUUCUCAAAAAUAUUGUCUCCCAUUAAUCUAAAAUUAUGGAAACGGACAUGGAACAGAUAAGUGUAAAUACCUCAACAAAUAUACAUACACAUAUUUGUAAAUUUAACAAAUGUAAUUAUUUACGUUGGAUAUGGUAUGAUAUGAUAAUGCAGAUCGGAUAUAAUAAAAUUGCAUUAUAUUUACUACUUAUACAUUAUAUUUACAUUAUACUUACUUUCACUAUAUCAGUCACAAAUUUUAAUGUCAUAUAUGUCAUAUAAUGAAUUAUAUUUCCUUAUGUUCUAAUGAAUUUUAUACAUUUCUACAAAUGAAAACACAUAUUUUAAUAAUAUUGUGAGGUUUGUUUAUAUUUAGGUAGAUACUAUAUUUCUCUGAGAACCAUGACUACACAUUAAAGUAAAAACUAUAUUAUCAUAUUAUGUUAACAUAAUAAUAUAUACAUGAUAAAAUUACUGUAAUAUACAUUUUGAAUGGCCUGUGUUUAUUACAAAUAUUCUAAUAAAUAAUAACUUAUCUUUCAAAAUGAUUAUUAUAAAAUAUACUUUUAUUUAGGCUUUUGUUGGUUCAAGUCUAGAUAAUGAUCAAUUUCAUGUAUUUGAACUUACUCGUCAAUUACCAAAAUUUUCAAUGUAUUCAUUAGUUAUUUACCCAGAAAUUGAAGAUAUUCCCAAAAGUUAUGUGAAAUUUCGAUUAGUUGAAAGAGUUCAAAGGGUAAGAAUUUAUAAACUAAAACUGAGCAUAAAUAUAUUUAAUGAAUAAUUUUCAUUUAUAUUUUCAAGUUGGAUUUAUGGCUAAGUCAAAAUUUUAUUGUGCCUCAAAAAACUCCGGUAAAAACUGAUGGCCAAGAUUUUUGGAAAAUAUCAAUAAAAUCAUUGAGAGAUUCUACACUUACAUGUAUAACAUUUGAAAGAGAAAUGAUGUGUGUAUAUUCUGUAAACAUAAAUAUUACAGCUGAUAUUAUACAGUCACUAGCAGUAUAUCUUAAUCUUGAACAAAUUGAUGUGAGUCAGUUUAUUAUUAAUUAAUAAUUAGGUACCUACCUACUGGGUACAAUAAUAUUAUUAUACCUAUUAUAAUUAUUAUUUUUAAAAAGUCAUCAGCAGAAUUUCCCGAAGUUCUUGCUGAUUUAUGGGAAAAUAUACAAACUAUGAAGACUCUUCAACAAAAUUCAGUUAAAUUGAAUGCUUCAAUAGCUGAUAGUUCAGCUUUGUUAAAAAAUCUCAUUGUACAAUCAGAAGACUUUCGGCUUUUAGAUGAUAUGUAAAUUCAUAUUAACUUAUUUUUUUUUAAUCAUACUAUUAAUAUGUUUUCAUUUUAUUUAGGUCUAAUAUGGAAAAAUGUUUGAAUGAAAUUUAUCAUAUUGAUAAACAAAUGAUUCAAAAUCAUCAAGUUACUUGUGAAAACCAUGAACAAUUGUUAAUGACAUUGAAGAAAAUAAAUACUAUUAUACAGAAUGCUUCUCGACUUAGAGGUAAUAUGAAUCUAGGAAACAUUUCCCGGUAAAAAGUUCCUACUCUAGAGAAAAAAAGUCCCAGAAAAUAUUAAAUAAUUAAUGAAUAUAGUAUAUUAUUUUAUACCUGCUGUAAGUAUAUCUUAGAAUGCAGUCCAAAUAAAAUAAAUAAAAAAUUAUGUAUAAAAUCAGAAUUAAAACCAUUCAAUCACUUGCAUAUCAUGACUUACAGAUAUUUAAAAUUCUAAUAUUCUGAAUUUUUUUAAGUUGUAUGUUUGAAACGUUAAAGUUAACAGUUUAUCCUAGCAUUUUUCUGCUGUAGGUACCCAAAUACAAAUUUUGAUUCGUCUGUAAAAAUAUCGAUUUUUAUUUUUCUAAUUAAUUUCUGAAUAGUUGGAUGUUUGUGUCGUUGUGUCCACAAAGCUUUGUAAAUUAAUUAUUUAAACCCUUCAGUGAAAUUAUAUUUUUAUAAUGCAUUAAAUAAAUAUAUAAUAUCCCUGUUUAAAAUAUGAUUAUUAAACUUAUAUUAAUCCAUAAAAAAAAAACUAGAAUUCGAUGUGAAUAAUUUUAUUAAUUUUAUAAAAAAUAAAUUAUGUACGUAGUUAUAUAGAUAAGAAUCAAUAAAUAUUUCCAAACUUUCAACCUACAACAGUAGCCUACCCAUAGUGUGAAAUAUGGAAACAAGAUAUUUCCAUGAAUUUUACACCUAUCCUACGAGUUUGAGCCCUAUCUUAUCGGACAUUAUUUCAUUUAUAACUUUCAAAAAUGCUCACAUAUUUCCAUAAGACUAACCUGCUCCGCGUGUUUAAGUUCACAAUUUUAUCAGCAAGUACUUCAUUAUCAUUUAGUUUUUAGAUGCUAGCGAACAGAAACACAGGCUAACUGCAUAAGAGAUUCCAAUAAAUACCCAAAGCACUAACCUAAGUAAUUAAUGCUAUUUACCGUUUUUAAAUACAGUAAAUAAAAAGAGCUGAUACUGGGGAUGGGAGUGGCUACUGUUGUAGGUGAGAAGUUGGGAAGGUAGAAUACAUAAGGUUAUUUCAUUUAUCUGUAAGCAACGAUAAAUCAUAGCUUGAUGAAAGACGAUUCCGAGUGUAGUUCGGUAAUACAUAAUUUGAAGUGCCAUAAUUUUUUUUAAAAAAAAAGUCUUCCGAUGAUUUAGGAAAUUUUAUCACGUCUGAGUAAGUCCAAUAUAAGUAUUAUUAUCAAGUUUCAAGUCUCUUCGUGUAUUCGUAACCGAAUUAUAGCAAAAAAACUCACAAAAAUUAAAAUUCCUUUAAAGCUUAAAAGUGGAUCAAAAGUUUUGGAAAUGAUACCGUAAGAAAGUAAAUCAAAAAGACAACAAAAAAGGUGUCGUGUGAUUUUUCGAUUAAAUAAUUUUUUCUGAUAAAAAACGUUGUCCGUGUUUUUAUAAAAUAAUGAAAUCGUGAAAUUCUACUUUUUCCUACGUUUUGUCCCACUGAAGUGCUUUUAUUUAAAAAAAAUGGUGUCGAAAAUCAAAUGACCUCUCUAAGAUAUAAUCUAGACAACUUGAACUUUCAGAAAAGUUACACGUUAAAAUCGGAGCAGGUUUACUAAGAAAAAAUGUAUCCAUAGACUAGAACAAAGAACAAAGAAGAAAAAAAAUUAAACAUCCUAGUAAAACAAAUAGUUCUUUCAAUACGCUCGGAAUCUAAAAUUGAUCUUUUAUUAUUGACAAAAAUAGAAAUUUAAAGUGCUUAUAAAUGAAUACAAUAAAAUACCUGUUUUAUGAAUGAAAAAUAUUCAUUAUUCCAAUAAAUAAUAAAAAUAGUAAAAUCAAUAAGCAAGGAAACAUAAAAUAAAUUAGAUAUAAAUAAUUUAAAACAUACAUAUAAGUAAAAAUGAAUUCAAUCGCCAUGAAGUCGACAUUUGCCCGUCACAAUCGCCUGACGUCAUUUUUACCUAGUACACCCGGACGCUAUAUGCUUACGUUGUCAUAAAUAUGAAAUAAUUUUAAUUUUUUAGUUUUAUCCAAUUAUUUGAAAAACUAUUUUGGAUAUUGAAAAACGACUUACUCUAUCAGUGGCAAAAUAUUAUAAGGAACAAAAUAGAUAGAUUGUCAUUUUUCGAUUGAAGCAAUAUACGAGGUCUGUACCAAAGUAUUCGACUUGCGUUUAUAUUUCCACGCCAGAACGUUCGAGUGACCUCUGUUGGAUUAAAACGUAACCAGUGACAUCUCACGAAUGUUUCGGCUGCCACAAAAGUGCAACGUUACAAUUGUAAACAAUAUCUUUUUGCGUUCGUCGGAUUUUGCUAUUACUGAAUAUGACGGAAAUACGUGACCACCGGAUUUGCAUCAGAUUUUGCUUUAAACUCGAAAAAAGUUGUGCGGAAACUAUUAAAAUGUUAGAGAAAGCCUUUGGAGACGAAUGUAUGGGCAAAACACAAAUAAAUUAAUGGUACAAGCAGUUUAAAAAUGGCCGCAUGUCUGUUGACAGUGACCCGCGUUCUGGCUGACCUUUGAGCACAUUAACACCGGAAAAUAUCGAUCGUGUGUGACUUACGAUUGAAGAAGAUCAUCGUUUGACUGUACGUGAACUAGAAAAUGAUCUUGGAAUUCCGAAAACUUGUGUUUCAAGAAUACUAACUGAAAAUUUAAACAUGACUCGCGUGUGUGCGAAAUUUAUUCCAAAAUUGCUUACGGUAGAACAGAAAAAUCUUCGAAUUUAAAUUGCAUAGGAAAACUUGGAAUUAGUCACUAAUGAUGAAAAAGAUCAUUACCCGUAACGAGUCGUGGGUUAACGGUUAUGAUCCCGAAACAAAGUUACAAUCUUCACAAUGGAACUUUCCAUCCGAGUCAUUACCGAAAAUAGCUCGUCAACUUCGGAGUAAUGUUAAGACGAUAUUGAUUGUUUUUUUUUUAUUAUUAAGGUGUUAUACAUCAUAAAUAUGCUCCAAGAGGUCAGACGAUCAAUAAGGAAUUUUAUGUUGAAGUUUUAAAAAGAUUGCGUGACGCAGUGCGAAGAAAGCGGCCGCAUUUUUGGACAAGUGGCGACUGGCUUCUUCACCACGAUAAUACACCAGUGCAUUCAUCGAACCUGGUGCAACAGUAUUUGGCAAAACAUAAAAUAACACUACGCCAACCUCCGUACAGUCCCGACAUAGCUCCCUGCGACUUUUGGCUGUUCCCAAAGUUGAAAAUUCCACUUAAAGGACAUUGGUUUGAUGACACGGAGACAAAACGGACAAAUGCGACGAAAGGCUAUUGCAAAGGCGGACUUCCAGAACUGCUUCGGGGUAUGGAAGCACAGGUGGGAGCGUGUUCUCCAGUCGAAUGGAGACUACUUCGAAGGAUUCCACGAGCCAGAUGAAGAUAAAUAAGACGAGCGUGUUAUAACGGACAAAGAUCGGAUACUUUUGGAACAGACCUCGUAAGUAAUAUUUCUGGUAGAAAACUUUAGUAUCUAUAACGACAACAACACAAUGAAAACAAUGUUAAUGGUAACACUGCAGCGUGCCAUAAAUAUUUGCCGUUUAACCUAUAAUUUUAUUUCGAGUUUUUUCCAAUCAUUUUGAAAACCCCUUGGAAAAUCAUAUAAUAACGUUCUCAGUGCACCAACUAGAGAAAAUUACCUUUCAGAAAAGAUGCUACAGUCUAAACUUUGAGCAAAUUGUCCUUGAAUCCACUCUGCUAACCUCUUAUAUAGUAUGUUUAUUAAUAGGGUUUAUAAUAGGUUUUGUUUUAAAUAAAAUAACGUAUUGGUACGAUCAGAUCAUUUAGGAUUUUUUUUAUACAUAUAUAUAUUAACUAUAGAUACUGACUUAUUUUGAAUUUUUCUGAUUUUGAAUUUAAAAAAAUAGUAGUAAUAUAAAUAACAAAUAUUAAAACAAGUUCAGAGGAAGAAAUAUUUCCUUAUAAUCUUCCCCCUUAAAUACGCUACUGUACUUUUGUGAAUUUUAAAUUAUAUAGUACAUGCUUACUUAAGACUUAACCAAUUCCAUCAAAUAAAGUACAUAUAACUCUAUAAGUAUUAAUAUUUCAGUACUUUUUUUACACGAAUUUUCUCCCCGUGAUUGGAAUUGUUUUAGGACUUUUUGCUGAGACUUUUUUUUCCGCAUGCGUAUUUAAUUAUUGACUCAUGAACUAGAGUACUAUAAUGCAAUUUUAUUUUUUUAAUUUCAGUCAAUAAUAAUAAAACCGACACGAUAUCUAUUUAUCGACAAGCUGUAGCUUCAGAAAAUAUGACAGUUUUAAAAAAAUUAAUAGAAUCUGGAAAUAAAUAG